AUGGCAGCAGGUCGUGAUAUAGUUCAAUCAGAAAUACCAGUCACCAAGACUAAAGGAAUUCAACUUUGGGUUAAUCUCUCCUCAAAGGAUAAAAAAAUUGCGCCUUCAUAUCAGGAUCUGAAAUUCUCUCGGAUACCUAUUGCAACACCUGAUUCCGGAGUCGAAGUAAAGCCCGAAGGUGUGGGCGCAACAGUGAGAAGAUGCAUAAGCGCAAGAAAUGCCAUCGACCCAUUUUUAAUGUGCGAUUUAUUUGAAGUUUCUCCUCCCGCCGGUUUCCCUGAUCAUCCUCAUCGAGGCUUCGAGACAGUUACCUAUAUGUUAGAAGGUACAACUGCGCAUGAAGAUUUUGAAGGAAACAAAGGCUUGAUAGGCCCCGGUGAUGUGCAAUGGAUGACAGCGGGUCGCGGUAUAAUUCACUCAGAAAUGCCGGUCACCACGACUAAAGGAAUUCAACUUUGGGUUAAUCUCUCCUCAAAGGAUAAAAAAAUUGCACCUUCAUAUCAGGAUUUAAAAUCUUCUCAGAUACCUAUAGCAACUCCUGAUUCCGGAGUUGAAGUAAAGGUAAUUGCAGGGACAAGUCACGGUGUCACCAGUAAAAUAUUUACUCGAACUCCUACGAUGCUGAUGGAUUUCAAGUUGUCGAAAGGAAAGAGUGUUGUUCAAGACAUUCCCACAGAUUUUCAAGGUUUCAUUUUUGUUUUGGAAGGAUCUGGUUAUUUUGGCGGAAAUUCGUUUAAAGGAAACGAAAAUCAUGCUUUGUAUUUUGAAAAUAACGGUGGAGAUCACAUCAACGUCGAAGCCAAGGACGAGGACGUUAGAUUCAUGCUAAUUGCAGGAAAACCUUUGGGGGAACCCAUUGAGAGUUACGGGCCAUUCGUGAUGAAUACCAAGGAAGAAAUAGCCCAGACGAGGUUCGAUUUCAUGAAUUAUACGAACGGGUUUGAAAAGGCCAGAGGUUGGCACUCUACUAUUGGUUAUGGUGUUUCCAACAUCGAUUUUACUAAUUUCGAAACCAAAGCCAAAAAAUGA